AUUGAGCCCAACCUAAUAGCCUGUAAUCACCCGAAGUCAUGCAAAUUAGCGAGUCGUCAGGUUAAAGGGGAACGAGACUGUGCGAAGUACUAUUGGUGCCCCCGACAGAAAGUGCUGGAAUUCCGGUGUAGUGCCGGUCUUUGGUUUGAUGUCGACCGACAGAUCUGUGACUUUAAGUUAAAGAUUGAUAAUUGCGAGAAAUCUCACGAUGCCAGUACUCCCCGUCCACUGCUCGCCACCGAAGAGCCCAUAUGUCCGAGCGGUCAACUGGCCUGCGCUGACAGGAAGUGCAUUAAUAGGGAUUUGUUUUGUGACGGACAAAUAGAUUGCGCCGACGGUUCCGAUGAAUCCUAUUGCGACCCCGAGAAUGAUCCCAACGGUCCCGUCCGAUGCAAUGCAAACAACUGCACUCUUCCCGACUGUUUCUGUAGUACUGACGGCACUAUUAUUCCGGGACAUCUUAAGCCGGAAGAGACGCCGCAAAUGGUUAUCUUGACGUUUGACGACGCGGUCAAUAACGAGAAUUGGGAAAUAUAUCAGAAAAUCUUCGCCUCCAACAGAACCAAUGCAAACGGCUGUCCCAUUUCGACCACUUUCUUCUUGAGUCACGAAUACACUAAUUACAGACACGUCCAGAAGCUGUGGAAUGAUGGCCACGAGAUUGCCGUCCAUUCUAUAACACACAAACAGCCGGAGCUUUGGUGGACAUUCAAUGCAACGAUGGAGGACUGGUUCGACGAAUUCGCCGGAAUGGCUAAUAUUGUCAAUAGAUUUGCGGGAAUACCUCUCGACGAACUCCGCGGUACUAGAGUUCCCUUUUUGAGGGUUGGCUGGAAUACACAGUUCAUUAUGAUGAAAGAAUUUGGUUUCCUAUACGACUCAUCAAUGGUGGCGCCCCGAUCUGAUCCUCCCCUCUGGCCAUUCACUCUUGACUACAGAAUACCCCAUAAAUGUCACGGCUCUCGACAAAGAUGUCCGUCUCGUUCAUUCCCAGGGAUGUGGGAAAUGAUUAUGAAUCCAUUCGACAUCGAAGGUCACAUCUGUGCUAUGGUUGACAGUUGUCCGACACAUUUAUCCGAAGAUGAGAUCUAUGCCAUGUUUAUGGAUAACUUCAACCGACAUUAUACUACUAAUAGGGCGCCGUUUGGGCUCUAUUUCCAUACGAUUUGGUUUAAAGAAAAGCAAAAUUUUAAAAUUCUUCUUCGAUUUAUUGAUGAUUUAAUUCAGAAUAAAGAUGUAUUCUUUGUGUCUAAUUAUCAAGCGAUUGAAUGGAUGAGAACUCCUACACCCAUAUCACAGCUGAAUAACUUCGAGCCCUGGAAGUGCAAGAAAGACAUUGAGCCCAACCUAAUAGCCUGUAAUCACCCGAAGUCAUGCAAAUUAGCGAGUCGUCAGGUUAAAGGGGAACGGUAUUUGCACACAUGCUUCGACUGCCCCGAUGUCUAUCCGUGGGUUAAAAAUGAAUUUGGAUUAGAAUUUAAAUAAAUUUCUAAUUAUAAACAACGAGAUUAUACAAAGU